AUGGGAGAGUCUUCUUUGAAAAGUGAACAGUUCGGGAGCCAUGAGGUCGAUUUGAGCAGUUCAUCUUCGAACGACACUAGCUCUCCACAUGCAUAUACCGGGAAAAUAGAGCAAGAUCUUGAAAAGCAAAACCAGAUUACUCGUAGUAACACGAAUAACUCAGUAAACACUGUGAGUUAUUCGGUAAGGGAAAUUUAUGGAGAUUUGGACAGCGAAGAAAUCAAAGUACAGCGCCAUCAAACUAGAAACACCAUUUUAUCCGAGUUGGUUUCUAGAACUGAAGAUGCCGAAGAGGGAAUAUACUAUGACAGUUCAAAAGAUGAAGUGGUGAAGGAUACCCUAUACGAAGAUUUGCCCGAUACUACCGUUGCAACUAAAAGAGACGGUGAUGAGUUUGCAGAUAUUGAUCCAGAAUUGAUAACAUGGAAUGGCUCCAGUGAUCCAUCAGACCCAAGAAACUGGCCAGUAAGCACCAAAGUUUCACUCACUGCAUUGGUUUCAUUGUACACCUUAGUAUCGCCUAUGUCUACUUCAAUGCUUUCACCCGCAAUGACAGAAAUAUCUAAAGAAUUCGGAAUCACUAAUUCUGUAAUUGCAGCCAUGGUAGUUUCUAUUCAAUUACUAGCUUGGGCUGUUGGUCCCCUCUUGAUAGCUCCGUUAAGUGAGAAUCAUUACUUUGGAAGAAAACUGGUCUUAGAUGCCUCUUGCUGGAUUGCAUUCUUCUUCAACAUUGGAUGUGCAUUAUCGCAGAAUACAACGCAAAUGAUCAUAUUUAGAUUUGUCGGUGGUAUUUUUGGCUCAUGUCCAAUCAACGUAGGUGCUGGAGUAUUGUCUGAUUUGUGGGAUGCCAAAUCCAGAAACGUAGCAUUGGCCGGCUUUUCAUUAGCUCCAUUACUUGGACCAGUUAUUGCUCCAUUGAUUGCGGGUUUUAUUGUCGAACAUAAAAGUUGGAGAUGGGUAUUCUACGUGUUGAGUAUCUUCAAUGGAGCAGUAGCUAUCUUUGGAACUAUUUUCAUGAAAGAGACUUAUUCCCCUAAAUUGUUAAGAUCAAGAGCCAAAAAGUUAAGGAAAGAAACUGGUAACAACAACUUACACACUAUUUACGAGAUUGCUGAUGGUGAGACAACAUUAGGCAAGAUGUAUUUGGCAAUUAACAGGCCAGUUAAAUUACUCUUCACACACCCAAUGAUUGUUGGAUUAGGGUCAUAUAUGGCAUUCACCUAUGGAUUCAUGUACUUGAUGAUUGUCACCUUCCCAACAGUUUAUCAAGAAAAUUAUGGCUUUGGAAAAGGAACUACCGGAUUAAUGUAUAUCCCUAUGGGUGUUGGCUUCUUACUAGGUGUUCUCUUCUGGACAUAUGCUAUUGGCAAAGUGUAUGCUGUGUUAACAGAACGCAAUGGUGGAGUUCCUAAGCCUGAAUACAGAAUUCCAUGUCUUGUUUCUAGUGGGCUCAUCAUCCCGAUUGGCUUAGUCUGGUAUGGAUGGUCAGCUGAAAAGAAGUUGCAUUGGAUAAUGCCCAGUAUUGGGUCAGCUAUUUUUGCAUUUGGAUUAGUCUGUGUAUUUCAGAGUAUGCAAUCCUACUUGAUUGAUAUGAAUACAAGAUUUGCUGCUUCCUCCGUUGCCGCCGCUGCUUUAUUCAGAUCAUUGUUUGGAUUUACCUUUCCUUUAUUUGCCGAGAAAAUGUAUGGUAAAUUGGGAUAUGGUUGGGGAAAUACAAUGUGUGCCGUCAUAGGAUUAAUCUUGGGAAUUCCAUUUCCAAUCUUCAGUUAUUUGUAUGGAGAAAGGAUAAGAAUUUGGGCAAAUAAGAAUAUUGAAAGAGAUCAGCUCAGAAGAGAUAAGAAGAACUUGGAACGAUUGCGUAAACAACAAGAGAGCAUUAAAUGUUAA